GGUUGUGUUGGUAAUUGCGGGAACACGUCAAACUUCAGGGAAUCAGCAGAAGGAUUUUGGCAGUGAGCAGUGAUCGAGUACAUACCUGGAAACGUAUAAGCGUUUAAAGAGCAGCUGGGUUUGGUAAAUGACAAGAGUGGGGUGGGCGACCGAUUAAUUGAAUUUCGUCGUCAUCUUGGGCUGAUAAAUAAAUAACCACUCGAGUUUUAUGAUUUUUAAACAAUAGUAGGCGUUUUAAAUCAUGGGAGGGUUAUUAAGUUACUUUCGCAACCUGCUCGGUAGUCGGGAGAUGCGUAUUUUGAUACUCGGUCUGGACGGUGCCGGGAAAACGACGAUUUUGUACAGGCUUCAGGUCGGCGAAGUUGUCACGACAAUACCAACCAUAGGAUUUAACGUCGAACAAGUUACGUACAAGAAUCUCAAAUUUCAAGUUUGGGACCUUGGCGGACAAACGAGUAUACGACCGUAUUGGAGAUGUUAUUAUUCUAACACAGAUGCGAUCAUUUAUGUCGUUGAUUCGGCAGACCGAGAUAGGAUAGGAAUAUCAAAGGAUGAGCUCAUUUAUAUGUUAGGCGAAGACGAGUUACAGGGUGCGAUUUUAGUCGUGCUGGCAAACAAACAAGACAUGGCAGGGUGUUUAAGCGUCGCAGAAGUACAUCAAGCAUUAGGUCUCGACGCAUUGAAGAAUCGAACCUUCCAAAUCUUCAAGACUUCGGCGACCAAAGGAGAAGGACUUGACAUGGCGAUGGAUUGGCUGUCGAACGCGCUACUGAGUAGGAAAUGAUUGAUGUUAAUCCCAAACUUGACAUCAUUCGAGCCUUACAAUAAGACUAGUCAUACGACAGUCACCUGAUCGAAGUGUCUUUGUGUGGUGAAAGAUACCUCAUUCGGUUUUGUACAUUAAUUUAUUACGUUGGAAUAUUUUUUAAUUUUCCUGCAGCUUAGUGUCAGGUUGACAGAACAUUCUAAGAAAUACAAAUUUGACUGUUUGUU